AUGUGUUCGCCGAAUCUUGAAUUUCAAUACAUCAAUCCUAGCACUCAAGUUUCACUCUACUCGCAACCUGCCAAUGAAUCGUUAACACCAAAUAGCAUAAAAUGGACUGUUCAUCAAGGGUUUAUGAAUAAAUCGUCGGAUGGAGAAAAUCGCACUCAAUUUAAGGAGAUUGCUAAUUAUCCAGACAACUGGUUUUUUGGCAGAGAAACGGCAAAUUUUACUGCAAGCAAUGCGCUCUUCCUGCAAAAUAGUAACAUAACCUUUUGGCAUUUUGAAGUUGUUUAUACGUUUAACGAUGUGAACAGCUCGAGUGCUCUCGAUUUCGAAAUCAAUCAGCCACCUAGACCUGGCGAUUGUUCGAUUGAUCCUUCCAACGGUACAACAAGUACCAUGUUUAAAAUUUCAUGUUGGGGCUGGAAUGACACGGACAAAAUCAAAGAUUUCUCUUUUUAUGGAUCAUCUAAAGUUCGAAUUAGAUUACAAAUAGUCAUUUUUCUUGCAUUUUUAGCAUGGACAGCUGAUAUUGGGCAUCGUGUAAUGCUCGGUUCGACAACAGGGUCAACAACAGGGUCAGUAUCAUCGUCAACAUUUGAGCUGCUAUUACCUGCUGGUAGUGGGGAUAAAUCAUCAGUCCUUGUAAGCGUUCAAGUUCAAGAUAGUCGCAAUUGCGUGACAGAACUCAAUAUUACAACCGUGUCGGUAGUAACCAAUUCAAAUGACAUCAAUGAGCUUAUUAGUGCCAUUCAAGCAGCUGCCACAAAGAACAGUGCUGUAUCGAGCAAUAGUAGUCUGAAAAAACUUCUGGAUAAUAGCAGUCCAACUGUAGUGGCACAACUUGUCACAACCAUCUCGCAAACUGUUAACCAAAUAACCAAUAAUACUAUCACAACAGCCAUCGCAACUGGUAUGCCUGCAGCCAGCAUUUUUAUUUCCCCAUUAGGAGGUCAAAAGAUAGAGGGAUCAUCUGAGUCUGCGAAUGAAUCAACAAUUAAGGAAUAUAUGCGACUAUUGAACGAUCAUGCCAGUACUCGUGAAUUCCUUAUGGAGAGCGUAACGAAUACGAACAGCUCUGAAUGGGGACAUUUACUGCUCCAAGCAUCGUCGCUUGCUCGACUCACACAAGCGACCAAUCAACUCACGCGAAAAACUUGUAAACUCGCAUCGGCCAAAUGCCGUGAAAUAGCCAUUGCUUUGAAUCAAAGAGCAACGAAGGUUAGCUAUGAAGAUAUUGAAAUGAUUGCUAAUCAGAUAAUUCCAUGUGCUACUAAUGUUUUAAGUGCCAUUAAUAUGCCACUGCAGCAGCGAGGAAAAAUACUCGAACUAGACUCAAGCCGUUCCGGUGGCAUCUCAGAAGAUAACAAUGAUGACACUAACUCUGAGUUAGAUGGGGCCAAUCUAAAUUCAUUCGAUAGCAAAGAUGAACCAUCACAUGAGAGAAACAUUUACUACCAAAAACUUGCUGCAAAAAAGGUAGCAAUGGAAGUCAAAACAACUCUGGAAUCGAUCGCAGCUACACUCAAAGUUCAUCUGAAUGAAGGUCAGCAUAUGACGAUAAACACACCAGCAGUGUUCACUGCUUGGGAAGCAGCACCACGAGACUCUUUAUUAAAUAAAACGAUUGUACCGUUUGAGAAUGCUCAGAUCCGCCUUCCAACCACGUUAAAUUUAAAUCUGAAUUCUAGUGAACGAAUAUCACUUCGUUCAAUGGUGCAACCGCUUGCAAUAGCUAGUGCUAGUGGUUCUCAAGUUAAUAAUAGUUUGUCAACGAUGAUUUCGCUUUCAGCGUUUGACUUCAAUGGCAUGGAAAUUCAAAUUCAGGCCAAUUAUACACAUCCAAUUGAACUCAUUAUUCCUCGAGAUCCCAAUUUAACAAUACCAGACAUGAAAUUGUUCAAUGUCACGUCAAUACAUAUUCCCAAUCAACAGUUCUAUUUUCAUUUGAUUGACAUUGCUCAACCAAAUGAAAAUCUGACUGUUUCUUUGCAUUUUGAAAUACGCCCUCAAAAUCGAAAUCUUAACUAUUUGUUCAUUUUCAAGUUUGAUGGUCCACCUCAAUUGAAUACUGCAAUCAAGGACAUCGAUGAUUGGUAUUUAUUCUGUUCUUCGAACAUAACCGACGAUGGCAUUCACAGAUACUUUAUUGAUAAUAAUCGCACAGCCAAACAUCGAUCUGUAACCGUUGGCCUACGUGAGCUAAACAAUACCGAACUGUGCUCGAAUAAUACAUCAGCACCCCCAAUAUUUGAUCAGUCAUUCAAGUUCUCGUCUGACUAUGAACUUCGUACGUUCACUUCGGGAUGUUACUAUCUCGAUCCAAAUAAUAACUGGCAAUCAGAAGGCUUAUUGGUCGGACCCAAGACAAAUCAUACUCAAACCCAAUGUUUCUCUACUCAUCUGACCACCUUCGUUAGCGGUUACUCAAAUGUACCUUGUCCAGUGAUUAAAAAUCCAAUAUUUCUGUCUGAUGACAAAAUCAACGUCGAAAUGAAUAUUGAUCGUUCUCUUUAUUCUUAUCAGCAUAAUUCAAAUUUAUCUGUCUCGUAUUUUACGCAGUAA